UUUAAGAUCACCAUCGUGGCAAAGACAGCAAUAGGUUUUCAUAAUCAGGCCCCACCAGGUCAAGAAAACAGUACAUUGGGGCUCCCUUUCUACUUUUUAUUGUAGGAAAUUUCAAACAGCAUGCGGGAGUGGUGACUGUGUCUCUGUGUCUCUUAAGUUGGUGUUUGGUUUGGGUUUCAACUGGAAGCACAGAGACACACGUAAAAAUGACUAAACUCACAAACCUAAUAGGCAUAAUUAAGGACAAAGCUUCUCAGAGCAAAGCUGCGUUACUCUCCAAACGCACCACUCUCUCCCUCUUACGCGCCACCAGCCACGACUCCUUCACCCCACCCACACACAAGCACCUCUCCACACUCCUCUCCUCAGGAGAUGGCUCACGCGCCACCGCCUCCGCCGUCGUGGAAGUACUCAUGGACAGGCUCCAGGGCACCAACAGCUCCGCCGUGGCCCUCAAAUGCUUAAUCGCCGUCCACCACAUCAUCAAGCACGGGAGCUUCAUCCUUCAGGACCAGCUCUCCGUGUACCCUUCCACCGGCGGCAGAAACUACCUCAACCUCUCCAACUUCCGACACAACAGCAACCCCGUAUCGUGGGAACUCUCGUCCUGGGUCCGAUGGUUCGCACAACACAUCGAGCAACUCCUCUGUACUUGCAGGAUUCUAGGUUUCUUCCUAGGAAACUCUCCAUCGGACAGAGGAGAGAGAGUUUCGGGUCUUACGAACGCGGAUUUGUUAACGGAGUUUGAUUCUCUGGUGACUCUGGUUGAGGGAAUUUGCAAAAGACCAGAUCCUGAUGUGUCCAACAACGGGAACAAGUUGGUGGAUGAGAUUGUGAAUUUGGUGGGUGAGGAUUGGGUUGUGAUAGAAACAGAGUUAUCUGUUCGAGUGAGUGAGUUUGAGGAGAGAUUGGGUUGCUUGAAUUUUGGAGAGGCGAUUGAAUUGGUUUGUUGUAUGAAGAGGUUGGAGGAGUGCAAAGAGAGGAUUAUGAUGAUGAUUAUUAUGAUGAUGUUGGAAGUGGAACAGUCACUGAGAUUGUGGGAUUCAGCGAAAGAAGUGAAGGACAAGGCUGGGAUUGAGGUGUACAAGGAAGAAGGAAAGGUGCAAAAGGCGGUCAGAAAACACAUGGUGAGCGAGUCAGAUCGGUUUUCGGGUCGAGUUCUGAAUUCCCAAGAUUUGCUCCGGUUUCCCUCGGGACGGUUAUUGUAACAUUUUAUGUACUGUAAAUACAGCAUACUUGCAUACCCAAUAUAUUUAUCCUUUUCUUGUGCUAUACUAUGAUCAUACAGGGACAGUUUUUUUUUCUAAGUAGGAUUGCAUAUAAAUAAGAAGUCUUGCA